UCCUGUUGACGAGUGAUACCGCGACGGAUGUCGUGUCCGUGAACAUUUUCCACAGAUAUGGGGGUUUUAAGAGCUGUUGCGAAAGGUUUUGGUGCAGUUGCCCUGGUAUCCACAAUAAUGGUCGCCAAUGACAUCUACCACCAGCGACGAUCCAAACUGCACACCAUCGACAGCCUUGUGAGGCAGUAUGUCAUCAACAAACUGAUCAGUCUCAUCGGUAACAGGAUGCGGAACAGACUGGAGAACGACACCAAGAACUGCCGGGCAGUCCAAGAUGAAAUCCUAUUAGCAAGGAUCAAGGAGGCCUCUGGUCUUGUGUACGGACAGGACUUCAAUUUUGCGGAUGUCACCGAUAGAGAAGAGUUCCGUAGGAAGCAUCCACUGAUGAGGUACAAUGACGUCAAGCCAUACAUUGAGCGCGUCGCGGCGGGGGAGCAUGGGAUCUUGACCCCAGACCGACCAAUCAUACUCGGCGUUACUUCGGGAACUUCCGGCAAGAGUAGCAUCAUCCCGAUGACCAAAGGCCAAUCCUUGGCAUUCUUCACGCAGGGAGUCUCGGUCCUGUACAACGCCAUGUACAAUGCAUACCCACAGACGAACAACCUACAAAAGAUCCUCAAGUUCUUUUACACGCCCAAGUCUCGCCUUUCCGCUGGGGGCAUACCUGUCGGACCGAAUUCCUCCUCCCCUAAAUCCACCAAGGGGCUCCUCCCACUUUAUACCACCCCUCUGGCUGGUUACGACAUAAUGACCGAGCCUGAGGCCUUGUACAUUCACCUCCUGUUCGGUCUGAUGGACAGAAACCUGGGCAUGAUCGAGGCAAAUUUUGCGUCGCUGGUCCACACUGCGUUCGUUGAACUGGAACGUAAGUGGCCGAGCCUGGUGAAAGACAUCGAGUGCGGUCGCAUCUCGCCAAGCCUCCAAAUCGACGACGACGUGCGCAAGUGCCUAGACCAGAUGAUCAAGCCAGACCCUGCGAGGGCAGCAGAGCUGCGCGAGGAGUUUGAGAAAGGCUUCGAGGGAAUCGCCAAGAGAAUCUGGCCACAUCUGAACGUUGUCGCUGCGGUUGAUUCUGGUCCGUUUCAGAUGUAUGGAAAGUUGCUAGAUGAAUGUUACACAAAAGAUAUUCCCACAUACUCUGCUCUAUAUGCUGCAACAGAGGGUCUUAUCGGAGUCAACAUCUGGCCCAAGAGUGAAAAGAGACGAUACCUUCUGGCCCCGCGGAGCAUGUUCUACGAGUUCAUCCCAGUGGACAAAAUCUUUGAGGACCAACCCCAGACGCUGUUCAUAGACCAAGUCACCAAAGGUUCAUCUUAUGAGUUGGUGAUUACCAACGCCGGCGGGCUGUACAGGUUCCGCUUUGGCGAUGUGGUCAAAGUCGUCGACUUCUACAAUCAGUGUCCAGUCAUUGAGCUGAAAUACAGGAAAGGCCAGUAUCUGAAUGUGAGAGGGGAGAAGACGUCAGAGGACAUCUUGUACAAGGCUCUGACAGAGACCGUGGAUGGCUGGGAGGGAGUGUCGCUGGUAGACUACUCGUGUGCUGAGAGCCCCCUGCUGGAAAAACAGGACACUGAUGAUAAUUCGUUCCCACGCUAUAUUGUCUUUGUGGAGUUGGCCAAUGAGAGAGAUGUUAAAGCACCGGUUCACUUAGACGACAAACAGAAGCUGCAGCUGGAUGAGAAUCUACGCCAGCAGUCCUUCGUCUACAACUCCUUCAGGGAGAAAGGCAGCAUCGCUCCCGCAGUGGUCCACAUCGUCAGGAGAGGUUCCUUCAAACGCCUCAAGCGAUUCUCGCUGAAGACGCGGAGCGUGUCCGUCAACCAGUUCAAAGUGCCACGGGUCAUGAGGCGGCCAGAGGCAGCAAAAUUCUUGUUCAAUAACAUUGAGUUAUAGACCUUUAUCAUGCUGCCGCCAUUUCAGUCAUGUUCCCUGUGUCCAAUAACAGGACUGAAUGAUGAUUUUUGUGCAGAAAGGAACCAGAUUAUUUUUCCUUCAAGCCUCACUUUGGUUAUGUUGAUUUGAAUGGGAAAAGAUCAAGAUGGUCGCAACAUGAUAAUGGUCUAUACACACUGUCUUUUGUAUUAACCCUCCUAUGCAAACAUGCAUUCAUUGCAAAGGCGUCCUUUCAGUCAAAAUCAAUCAAGUGACUGUUUUUAAGUGCCCACAGCCUACAUAAAUAUAAAGCAGGAUCGACUGGCUGUGACUCUUCAUGUAACUUGAUACAGCUAUGCUUUGCCUGUGGGCGAUUGAUAAGACAGCUGUGCCUACCACUUGCCUGCUUUUGUCUGUUGACUGAAUUUGUCUAGUCACAGUGCUUCCUUGAAAUAUGAUCUGACUGUUGGUAACUAACAUGUGUAAAAGGCAUGGCAGGGAAGAUGAUUGAUUGUCUGUGACUGUUCAGAUAGUAGGAUAAACAUGCUGCCACAUCAAUGAAUAUUAUUACACUGCCUUGCAUACAAGAAGUUUAUUGUGCACCUCAACAUUUGAACAUCAUACAAUUAUUUCUAAUGGUCAGUUUAUCAAAAUAUCUAAAUUGUAUUUUCUUGUAACCAUUAUUCGAUAUGGUGCAUUCAGUUAUAUAUUACUGACCUUAGAAGAUGCAUGUCGCAUGUACAUAUUCACACGAUAUAUUGAUACUGCCAGAGUAUGCAUAUAGUGUGUGAAGACUUGUACUAUAAUAUUGAAGUAUUUGAUAAAAUAUAUUUUGAUACUCUUUAGUCAAGUAUUAUUAUUACUUUUUUACUAGAAUGUGAUAGGUGAAAUGUGUGUGAUGCCUGGGGUUAGAUAACAAAUAAUUCUAAUAGAAUAUGUAGAAGUUUGACGCCCGAAAUUCCCCACAUGAAUAGUUUUCAGUUUUGCUGGCAAUGGAGGCACAUGAACAGAAACAUGAUCACGUGAUGUACAUUGUAUAAGACAAGAAUUACUCAUUUAUUGUCAGUUUGCAUUGAACAUGAUACAAAUUUAACCCACUA